AAUUCAAUCCACCGGUAGUCUGGAGGACAACCGCAACGAGUCACGGAGGCACCCCCUCUCGAGCAAAUCAACCAUUGCGGAGAAGAUGGGCAGUGACCUGAUGGAGGAAGACGAGCUCAGCAGCAACAGCGUCAUAUCUACCACUACACGCGAUGGGGGGGAUGGAGAGUCACGCAAGUCUUAG